AUGAGGAGCAGCAGCCUGAUGCCCGGCGCCUUCAGCGGCACCCUGCUCGAGUCCGACCUGCUCGCCGCGUCGGCGCCAGGCGGCGGCGCCCCCGCCUUCCUGGGCAGCAGCGAGGACGCGGGCGCCGCCUGCGACCCCGCCAUCUUUCUGGUGGACGACCCGGAGCCGCAGGGAGGGCCCCAGGCCGCCUCCACCACCUCGCCGCCCGGCGUCGCGCGCAACCCGGCCCACGCCUCGGCGCCCGCGCCCCACCCCGGCGCGCCGCAGCCCGCCAGCCUGAUGGUGCCGCAGGGGCCGCAGGCGGCCAGCGCCCGCGACCUGCUGCGCGAGCUGGAGAGCUCUGUGGACUUCAUCCUGCCGGGACAGUCCUUGGACAGCCUGCUGCUGGACGCGGGAGACGGCUGGCACAACUCGCCGCCGGCGCCGUCCCCCGGCACGCCCGCCGCCUGGCAGGCAACCUCCUCCUCCUUCCCCGCCAUCCCCGAGGAGGCGGAGCUGGCGCUGGCGCAGCUGCAGCUGGCGGCGCCGCUGCCGGGCGUUUCCAUGGGGGCAGACAGCCUGGGGACCCCGGCAUUCACCCUGCCGGCGCCCUCGCCCGCGUCGAUGUUUGUGCCGGUGUCCGCCCCAGCCCCCAGCCCCGCUCCCACGCCGGCGGCGGCGCCUCCGGAGCCGCUCUCCAAGCUCAAGCUGCCCGGCAGCCCCGUGGCCACCACUGACGCCGGCGGCAGCAGCAGCAACAGCGAGGCCGCCUCCCCCACCGCCUCCUCCGCCUCCUCCCUGCAAGGCCUGCCCACCGGCGGGGGCAGUGCCGCCUACCCGCGCAUCGCAUCCAUGCCCAACCUUCACCUCAGCCUGAGCGAGGCGAGCAGCGGCUCCCCGGCCCCAGCCCCGCGCAGGAGGGCGUCGGGGCGCAGCAGGGCCAUGCCCCGCUCCCACUCGCACAGCGACCUGGCCACAGGCGAGGCACAGGGCUUCACCUGCACUGCACUCGGCGAGCUGGAGCGCUACAACGUGCCGCACCUCCAGUUCCUCACGCCGCCGCACCUGCGCAAGGGCAAGGGCGGGCGCCAGCCUGCCAUCGACCCACGCCUGGACCCCUCCAUCGACCCCAAGCGCGCCCGCCGCAUCAUGGCCAACCGCCUGUCCGCCGCCAAGUCCAAGAUGAAGCAGAAGAGCGUGGCGCAGGCUGAGGCGCAGCGCGCGGAGAUGCUACGGCUGCAGCGCGAGGGGCACCUGCCGGAGGGGGAGCCAAUGGAGGUGGCCCAGGAGGCGCCCGCGCCGCGCAGCCGCUGA